AUGUCUUCGCACUCAAACUCAAAUAACGCCACUGAUGAUGUUGUCGCAUCUGAGCCUGUCGCGAUUCACAUGAAUCCAUCGCAAGACAGUCUUCCAUACAGUUCCAUGGCUCCUAAUCCAUGGUCUCGCGAGCUCCCCACCUACUCCUUCGGAGUAGCGGAUGAAAAGGGAGCAAGGCGAACAAUGGAGGAUGCCCAUUCCUACGUUGCCGAUUAUGCUGGCAUCCGCGGCCAAGGAUUUUUUGCCAUCUUCGAUGGUCACGCUGGAAAGGAGGCUGCCGAAUGGUGUGGCAGGAACUUCCAUGAGCGUAUGCUCAAAAUCAUGAGAGAGAAUCCUACCUCCUCCAUACCAGAUGUCUACAAUCUGACAUUUCAUAACGUUGACCUAAGCCUUUCGAAAAUUUCUGAAGAAUCCGAGGGCAAGAUACACUCUGGGUGUACUGCCGUAACCGCUUUCCUCCGAAUUGAGGAUGCUGAUGGCGGACAGUCUUUUCUCGCGUCUUCGGCGGAGUCGUCAACUCCCCCUGCCAACUCAUCGAGCUCUACCCCUGAAGUGGACCUUGAAGAUACAGUGAAUACGUCACGAAAUGACGAUGGCAACGGCGGAAAAGGGAAGAAAUUGAAAAAGGCGCUGGGGCGGCUCAGUCAUCCGUCCGCGUCGCCUCCUUCCACUCCUCGCUCGCAAUCUCCUUCACAUAUUUCAAAGGACCCGAAAGAAGGGGCCAAUAACCAGUCGUCUCAGGUGCCACCACCAGGGCCACCUCUGCGCAGGGUCCUCUAUGUUGCCAACGCGGGAGAUGCCCGCGGUGUGUUAUGCCGGUCAGGGCGAGCGUUGCGUCUCACGUAUGACCACAAGGGCACCGAUAAACAGGAAGCCAAGCGAAUCGUGGACUCAGGUGGUUUCGUGAUGGGCGGAAGGGUCAAUGGAGUAUUAGCAGUCACACGAAGCCUGGGUGAUUCCUCCAUGAAGGACUUUGUCGUUGGUGCGCCGUACACUACGGAGACAGAGCUGACCGACGACGACGAGCUCCUGAUACUAGCUUGUGAUGGGAUUUGGGAUGUUUUGGACGAUCAGACUGCAGUUGAUCUUGUGCGCGGACUGCAAAACCCCCAGGAGGCGUGCGACGAGCUGAUUCGCCAGGCGCUCCAGCGCUACACCAACGAUAACAUCACUGCACUGGUUAUCCGGUUCAAGGAUGUUACUACCAAUGAAAGUCAAUGA